UUCUUCCUUCCAUUGCUUCCUUCUGUCUGUCUGAAACAGAAAAAGAUAUGCAUGUCACUUUCCUACUCUUUCCUGAGUCCUUUCCCUUUGCUCAUGAUCUACAUCUGUAGAUAAUGGCUCCUUCAUUUAUGAACAAGAUGAGAAUGAAGGCAUGUUGGUAGCCAUCAACCUUGUCCUAGGAAGUAGCGCUUGAGUACCCAUCCCCAUCUUCUCUUUCGUCCAGAAAGUAGAAGUCUUCCACUUUAAAGUUCCUUCCGGGAUACCAAUUUGAAAGUUUCAUAAAACUCCAUCGUCUGUUGCUUGUAUUGGUGGUGUUCCUCGUGAUUCUGAUUGGUCUUUGCUUAGGUGGUUCAUUGCCUUGAGAAUUUAGAUUUUAUGAUCGACUUCACUCAAAACAAACUUUUUCUCCUGAAGUGGAUAAGUUUUCCAGGGGAAGACAGUUAUAUAUAGCUAGCGCUUUUAGUUUUAAUUUCGUAGCCCUUUAAGGUAUGACCGUGCUUGCUUCAGUACUAGUCCCUUCUUCCUGAGAGGAAAAAGAAAGGAAAUCAGGUCAAGAAGAAUCAUGGAGGACAGAAAUUGCAGAAAGGCGUACGUCUUCAGUUUCCAUUUCUUGGUACUUUUACACUUUGAGUCUUGCAACCAUCUUCCAAGCUCGCUUUUUUACCUGACGAAUAGCGCCCAAUAGUACUCACCUGCAACUUCUAAACUUAGUGCUAAGAAGUUUCUUUCCUUGAAGCUUCAACUUGAUAUGAUCAGCCACCGGGACUUCUGGCCCGGAAAAGUUAAAGAUUCUGCAAGAAACUGAGCAGCCAAAAACACUGAAGUCAAGGAAGAAUCACCAUCCAGAAUGUAUGAUGAAAAUAGUUACUUUAAUGCUGCCCAUCAAUCCAUGGCAAUAGAACAAGAUGGCUCCAUAGUAGCUGCAAGCAACUGCAUCAUGGGGACAACAGCAGCGGGCCUAGACCAAAACUUCACUCUUGCAGACCAGAAUAACCCCACCCAGGAAGCAUUGGGAAUUGAGCUCCAGAACCAGUUCAGUUUCGAGCUUGAUCCAGAGUUCAACACCCAGAUCAUCCAUGAAGCUUUUCAAGCAAGUCACUCUCAACUAGAUCACCACCACCGCCACUUCGCCACGCCAGUGUUGCCGCCGCCGUCAUCAGUGCUUCAGAAGUGGGAGGGUAGUGAACUGCAUGAUAUUGGAUUGCAGCAUCAGCAAAGCACAUACAGUUUGAACUCUUCCUACGCUGCUCCAGACCUUCUUAACUUUCUGCAACUACCCAGACGUUCUGUCCCCACAGUGCUUCCCACCACUUCCAUUCUUCCUUUCAACGGCAUCACCAAGAAGGCAAUUUCAGGCUUCCCUGAUUCAAUUGACAUCUAUUCAGAAAUUGGUGGAAAUGGUGCAAAUUCAGCAUCUUCAGUCCUGUAUGAUCCGCUCCAAUUGAGCUUCCCACCGAAUCCACCGUUGUUAAGGAACUUGUUUCAGUCACUUCCUCAGAAUUACCACCUCCCCAAUUCGAAAUCUGGGCCAUACUUUGGCAUGGAUGAGAAAGAUACAAGAGGGAGUGGGAUGCUUCAAGAGGGGGAUAUUGGUGGCUGCAGGCAGUAUGGGAACUCGGUGCUGGAUCUCAAAACGGAGAUGUGCGCGAUGGACAAGGGGGAAGGAGGGGGGAACCACCAUUUUGCUUCUACUGAGAAGCAAAGGAGAGAGUCGUUGAAUGAAAGGUUCAAGGCACUCGGGUCCCUGGUCCCUAAUCCAACCAAGACCGACAGGGCUUCAAUCGUGGGUGAUGCAAUUGACUACAUCAACGAGCUGCUGAGGACAGUUGAGGAGCUCAAAAUACUUGUGGAGAAGAAGAGGCGAGGAGGGGGGAGGCACAAGAAGCAGAAGCUUGGGGACAAUGACACAGCCGCCACAGAAAUGGAAGUCACCACUCAAAACAAACCUUCCCGUGCCAUGGACGCUUUCUCUGCUGUCAGGGUGGAAAGAGAACAGACGUUCAGCGGGUCGCUGAGGAGUUCAUGGCUGCAAAGGACCUCCAAAGAAGGCACAUGGGUCGAUGUAAGGAUCGUUGAUGAUGAGGUCACUAUCAAGCUCACGCAGAGGAAGAAGAAAAACUGCCUGCUCUUCGUCUCCAAGAUUCUUGAAGACCUUCACCUUGAGAUCCUUCACGCCAAUGGCGCCAACUUCGGCGAUCAUAACAUCCUCUUGUUUAAUACCAAGAUCUGUGAAGGCUCAUGUGUUUAUGCGAGUGCAAUUGCCAACCAGCUCAUAGAAGGUGUGGACAGGAACUAUUCAAGGUUCACUUCAAGCUUGUAGUGCUACGUUUGCAGUACGUACAUAUAUGUCGAAUUCGGGCAAAUCUUGGCAGAUGUUUCUUCAGCGGCUCAGCCACAAGUCCCACCGUCACCUUUCUAACGCGGCUACUGAUUUCAGUUCCUGUUUCGUGUUUCUUUUAUAUGGCAUGUUCUUUUGUUUGGAGUUUUGUUGUCUGAACUUUCCUAUUGAUUGGAUGAUUUGGCAGCCAGGAAUUGUAACAGCAGCUCAAUUUAUGCUACACAUGAUAUGCUCCAUGGGAUUCAGUUUCAGUUUGGAUACAUUCAAAGCCACGAUUGCAGCAACUGGAUUUCUAUGAGAUAAAGAAAGAGAGAGUGAGAGGGAGAGAGAGUGAGAGAUCAGUGUGUGUGCGUGUGUAUGUUCC